AUGGAUGAACUUAGGUAAGGUAAUAAAUCAGCUCAGGAAAUGCCUGCAGAUUGACUGAUUUCUAUUACAAUGUGAGCGGGGACCGGGCCAGAGAAUUGUUGUUUCUCUACGGUUCCAAAGGCGAGUUUCUAAUACGACCGAGCGAGUCCAAUCCAUUCGACCACACCAUAUCCAUUCAGUAUGUCUUAUGAAGUAUAUUUUAAUCUUUGUUUAGUCGUGGGAAUCGAGUGACUCAUGUCAAAUUAAGUGGCAAAGGAGGUAUUCAUCGACUUCCAACUGGACAAGAGUUUAUAAAUUUGUGUGCAUUAGUCCAGCAUCUGAUGGAGACGCCGAAUCUGUUGUGUGAGAAAGAUGGAGUCUUUAUCGAGGUCACCAAGCCGGUCAAGAUUCCAGCUCCCGAGUCGGUGGUGAAUAUCGGGCAAGACAGGUUCUUUCACAUUGCAAUUAACGGUCUGGAAGCGGAGGAGUUGUUGUCGGAUGAGCCGAAUGGGACGUUUUUGAUCAGAGAGAGCACAAGUGUUCCUGGAGAAUAUGCUCUCAGCGUGAAGAAUGAUGACAGCACGUUACAUGUUAGGAUAUAUCAUGAUGUGAGUAAUUUAAUCUUUGUUUUUUAUAAAUUUUAGGACAACAAGUUCCGAAUUGUGCCCAAAGAUAACUUCAGAAGUCUAACGGAAUUGAUCGAAAAUUACAAAAAGACACCAAUGGUUCAAUAUACAGGAACAGUUGUGAAGUUAAAACAAGUAAGAUUACAGCUGCGGCUGUUUUAUAUGGGUUAUUUUUUAGCCAUUAUUGUCGACCAAGUUCACAGCUGCAUCAGUCGAUGAUCGAAUAGAAGCCUUAAUCAGAACUGCCAAGAAACCGAAUGCUCGAGAUGGAAUAGCCGAGGAAUUUGAUGUGGGUUACGUUUUUAUUGGCUUAGUCGUUGUUUAGAAGAUACACCACGACAAAAGCUGCUCACUUUAUGUGAGUUGCAAAGAAGGAAGACGACCAGAGAACGUGAGGAAAAAUAGGUACAGGAAUGUGGUCCCAUUCGACCAUACUCGAAUCAAAUUGCGCCCUCUGGAUUCCGAGUCAGAGAGCUCCGAAUUUAGCGAUUAUAUCAAUGCUAAUUUGGUGAAGGUCCUGAGCAAUGUUCCUUGUUAUUCUGAGUUCUCUGGAGUCGGCAAAAGAUACAUUUCCACGCAAGGAUGUCUUCAGCACACGAUCAGUGACUUUUGGCACAUGAUUUGGCAAGAGAAUGUGAGGAUAAUUGUAAUGACAACAAAGGAAACCGAAAGAGGAAGACUGAAAUGUUCGGUUUAUUGGCCAGAAAAGGGAGAGGAGCAUCGAUAUGGGCAGAACCAUGAGUUCAGAGUCAGGUUGACGAAAGAAGAGAGCAAAGGAGAAUAUGUGAUCAGACAGUUGGAGUUGGCCUAUCUCCAGAAAGGCGAGAGUAUCCCCACGGCCGUCCGGCAUAUAUUCCACUAUCAAUUCUUGGCCUGGGAAGAUAAUGGAUGUCCUUCAGAUGCCGUCUUGACCUUCAUGGAUGAGAUAAACAGAGUCGCCGUUCCCAGAUGCCCUCCUGAUUGUGGUCCCAUGCUUGUGCAUUGUAGCGCGGGCAUUGGGAGGACUGGAACUUAUAUUGUACUCGAUAUCAUUAUCGCAAAAAUUAAACAGAUAGGUAGGAAGAAACCACUUUAUGUUAUGAUAUAUGCUGAAGAUAGACAGUAAUGACGAAUAUUUAUAGGUCCGCAUUGUGCCGUCGACAUUCCAAAAACAGUCCGCAUGGUCCGUGAACAACGCGCUACAAUGGUCCAAACCGAGGCCCAAUAUCGGUUUAUUUAUUACGCGAUCUCGACUUAUAUGAAGAUGUGGAGGAAGGAGCAUGCUUUGAAUGAAAUCUCGGCCGCCCUUCCGCCUCCCACGGUCCCCAAUGACGAUCCUGACGACGAAUUGGAGAGCAAUGAGGAAGAAUACGAGAGUGAGGAGGACUCUGAUGGAUCAUGA